UCCACCAGCUGAUUCAGCUUGCAUGGAAACACGCCCCUUCAUUUUCUAAAAAUUUCUCGGCCUGUUUCUUUCAUCUAAGCUUCGUUGUAAAUAAAUGUACAAUUGGUCAAGAUUGUUACUUGAUAUCAAUCAUAUUUUUUCAGUCCUGUGACGUGAAUUUUAUCAUUUAAUUGAGAUAGACUGCUAAAAUUAAAGUUCAAUCAAGUUUAAUUGUGAAGAAAGAAAGCUUUAAUGAUUUGUCUACAACCAAAGCAUCAUUUUAUUUUCUUUUUUUGACUAGUCAUCAAGAUUCAACGGAAAACUACUUGAUGGUUACUUCAUAUUGAAUACUUCUGACAGCUAUUUUAUGGAAACUCCUCAAUUUUAUUUGCUUCUACAAACAUUGAUUUAAUUAUGUUUUUAAAUACUAUAUUAAUAUACUAACAUAUUAUUUGUUCAUGAACUGAAACCUAAACUAGACUAAUUCAAAAGUAUAGUAAUCAUUUCACAGGUGCUCUGGAUUGUAGCUAGUGCUACCUGGUCUCUGCAGGUACAAGUAUCUCUGUGAUGUUUUCAUCAGGUUUUGGCUGUAAUAUUUCCUUUCCAAGCUGUUUGGGUUAUCCUCAAGAUAGUGAAGAAUUAAUUCCAAAAAUGGCCAGAGAACCAAUUAUCCUCAAUGUGUAUGAUAUGUACUGGAUGAAUGAAUAUACAACACCCAUAGGCUUGGGAGUCUUCCAUUCUGGCGUUGAAAUAUAUGGUGUUGAAUAUGCUUACGGCGGUCACUCUCUUCCAAUCUCGGGUAUUUUUGAAAUUUCCCCUCGAGAUACCAAUGAGCUUGGAGAACAAUUCAGAUUUCGGCAAUCGGUUCAUAUUGGAUAUACCGAUUUUACGGAAGAAGAUGUAGCAAGAAUUGUUACAGAAUUGGGCAAAGACUUUAGAGGUGAUCGCUACCAUUUGAUGAACAAAAAUUGUAAUCAUUUUAGUAGUCAAUUGACACAGAUUUUAUGUGGACAAGAAAUUCCUGGAUGGGUAAAUCGAUUAGCAUAUUUUAGUUCAUGUGUUCCUUUUCUUCAACGCUGCCUACCAAAAGAAUGGCUUACACCAGAUGCUCUUACACAAUCUUUGGGGCAUGUUAGCCACCGUGAAAGUACACCUCCUUCAGAAACGUCUUUGUAACAUUUAGCAUUACACGAUGGCAGCGAGUGUAACAUUUUGAAAUGUCGCAGGAGCCAUACAUUUUAAGUUCUAAGCAAUUUACACAAAGUCAAAGAACAAAUAAUGUAUCUCCUGACCCUCAAAAUGUUUUUAUAAAGCUGUAUCGUUGUCUAAAAUCCAUGAUUCUAAAGUUCAAAUGAGACAUAAUAAGCAUUCUAGGUCAGAAAAUUUUUUUGAUGGUUAUAAAAAAUUUUACUAAAGACAUUAAAACAAAAAAAUUAACGAAAAUAAUGCCUUCCUUACAACGCUGCGUUUACAAUAUUUGGCAGCGUGAACGUAAGAGUUGAAUAUUUGUUAAACAGUCGAAGUUUAAUAGUUGAUUAACAAAAUAAUGCCUACAAAUCAAAGUGAUUAGGAGACUGAGAUUCAUGUGACUAUUGGAUGAAUAGAGAUUAUCUGUACGAGCAUUGGCUUCCUAAUUCAAAUAACAAUUUUUCUCGGUUUAAGAAGAUUUUUUACUUUGAUAUAUAAACCAUUAUGUAAUGACAAGUAUUUUUUUCCAAUCCAGAUUAAAAAUUAUUAUUUAAAUUUAUACAUUUGUUUAUAAACCGUACACUCUGAUAUCAACAAAUGUAGAAAUCUUCAAAAAUCUUUCUCAAGCAGUUGGAAAAAAUUCCUUCAAUUGCAUAAUAACGAUCAAAAGUAAAACAUUCCUCUUAAAAAUUAUAGUUCUUGCUUUAUAAUAAAACUACAUUUAAAUACCCUAUGACAUUAUUGUGAAAUAGUAUUCACAAUAACUAUAAUGUGAAUUAAUCACGCGUCCACUACUUUAUAACAUGUCAUUUGCGACUUAGAACAUUUCUGUGAUGGGCAUCCAAACGUCAAAUGAGACACGAAAAAAAAAAAUGAAAGCACUAAUUUCUAUUUAUUUGCACAUAUUACUCUCUAUUCUUAUGGAUAACAUGUAAUCAGCUAAACUAUUUAAUAUUUUAAUUUAAUUUAAUACUUAAAAAUGCAUUUAACUGUCUCUCUGUCAACUAAUUAUUUUCUCUCUAUUCUAUCUCGAGAUUAAUCAGUCUUUAAAAAUUAGAUAACUAUGUACAAUUUUUAAUACGUUAUGUACAGCGAUUUUUCAAAUUCUAAUCAAUUAUUAUCUCGACUACUAAAUCGUUGUCAGACGUAUGAUGUUACUUGUUACAGAAAAAAAUAUUAGGAAAAUUUAAAUUAACAGUUUAAGUGGUGAAUGAAGAUGAGCAUGUUGUGUAGAAACCAUUUUUUAAGAUGAUAUAAAUAAUUAAUAAUAACAAUACAAGCCAUAAACUUUUCAGUGAUAAAUUAUAAUUUUGUAUAAUGAUUAUUAUAUAAUUUUUUUUAAAUUAAUUAUUAAUUACACAUCAUGUGUACAGUCAAUUAUUGUAAACUUUUUUGUUUAUUAAAAAACAUUGAAUAUAGUAAUGGUCAAAGUUGAUAAGAUGAAUACUUUUUACAAUAUUUCAUCAUCAAAAAAAAAAUUUUGCUUCCAUUUUAUAUGUUUUUAAAGCAAAUCAUACUGGAAUCUUUUUUAUUCAAUUGGAAUUAAUUCAUGGCUUUUAGUUAGGGAAUGAAUAAAAUACUGGAAAAAAACAUACUCAUCAUAUAUUUUAUGAUUUUUAAGAAUUAAAAUAAUUUUGACCAUGACUAAAUUUCAAUGUUAACUAUAAUUUUAGUAUAUAAAUACGCACACUUUACUUCGACACUGCACCAUAUUAAUGAAUCAACUUUUGUUAACAGUUUAACUAUUGUUCGAUGAAGUAAAGAAAAUAAUAGAUAGAUAAAUUGUAAAUGUAAUUAAAAGUUUCAAUGGCUUCACUGAAAACUUUAUAAGCGUAAUCAUAAAAUAAAUUUUAAGAUAGUUCAAUAAAAACUAUAGUUAUUGCAAAAUAAAAAAUAAUGUAACAACUGUUUAAAUAAGUAAUUAUAUAUACACUAAUAACGUCGAAGACAGUAAUAAUUAAUAUCAAAUGAAAAUUGUAGAAAUAAUAAACAUUAUUUCAUCAUUUAAGUUUUCACAUGUAUAUGGGAGUAUGAAGACUGCCGCUGUAAUAAAUAGUAGUAUUAAUUUGACAAUAGGAAAUGACUAAUUGUAUCAUUUUUCAUUCAUUAAUAAAUCAUUCAUGAUAGUACGAUUGAAAA